CCUUCAGCGUCGGUGAAAUCGAGAGGUGUCCCUGGGAGAUGUCCUAGGACCGACCGGGGACUGGGUAUUCGAUAUUCGAGGACGAACUAACAUCCCAACUCCUACUACAACCAACAACUCCCAAAUCAUUGCUCUCCUGACCACUCCUUCUCUCUCCUUCCUCGCUCUCUCUCACUGCAGUCUCCCACUUGCUCUGCAACCCCCUCUCAGUCAUCAUCCCAUCUUUAUAUAAAUCCAUGAGAGUGAAGAGUACUUGCUUAGUUCUCGUCACAGUGGGUUUACGCUACUACACUAGCCAUAGGAAAGAGCCGCUCCCUGCUUCUAUGAACAUUCAAGUACACAGCAAACAAUAAUUAUUUAUCUUGGCGAUAAUAUCAGUAGGAAGUGGAUUGCAGGCUGGCUAGGAAGAAAUAAAUAUUGAUCGCAGCCUAUUUUAUUAACUUACAGCACAAAGUAAAGAAGCACUACAGCAUUCACAAUGCAGUCCCAAGCUGUUGUGUUGUUGGCCCUGGCCCUUGCUUUGGGUAUUGUCUAUGCGGCUGAGAAGAAGCCUGCUGAUAGCAAGGCAACUGAAGUAGAAAGGCCAAAAACCUACAAGAGACUCAUCCCCGCUGAUGUGCUCAGAGAUUUCCCAGGCAUGUGCUUUGCAUCAACCAGAUGCGCCACCAUCGAGCCAGGCAAGACCUGGGACCUGAGUCCCUUCUGCGGCCGCUCGACAUGCGUCAAAGAGGAAGACCGUCUGUUCGAGCUGGUUGAGGACUGUGGCCCCCUGCCCAAGCACAACGACAAAUGCAAACUGUCUGAGAAGACCAACAAGACAGCUCCCUUCCCCCUGUGCUGCCCUGAGUUCGAGUGCGAACCUGGAGUCAAACUCGAGUUCCCCGAAAUCCCCACUCCACCACCCGAGGGAGAGGCUGCCGCCCCUGCAGCCAAGCCUGCCGCUAAGGCUUGAACGCAACACACUUCAUCCUUGUAAAUUGCAUUCAUGUGAUACUUGUAUAUCUGUCUCAUUCUUUUAAAUAAAACUCCUCUUUUUCCAAGUCGA